AUGGACUCGGGCAGCGGCGGCAUCGACAUCGCAGGCCCUGGUUCGUCCAGCAUCAAGCCUCCGCCCACCGAGACGGACCCCCGCGAACGCACGCCCAAGCCGAACCCGGCCCGCCUGCACGAAGACAUUUACACCGUCCCCAACAUCCUCACUCUGACGAGGCUCGCAGCCGCUCCUGGUAUUGGCUGUCUGGUGCUUUACGAUGCCCGGGCGUGGGCCGUCGGGCUGUUUGCCUAUGCCGCCAUCACCGACGUGGUCGACGGCUGGAUUGCCCGGCGCUGGAACUGCAAGACGGUCGUGGGCACUGUGCUUGAUCCCAUGGCGGAUAAGGCGCUCAUGACUGUUCUGACGGCUUGUUUGGCUGUCACAGGCGACCUGCCAGUGUGGGUGGCGACCAUCAUCCUUGGAAGAGACGUUGGCUUGGGCAUCGCGGCCAUUUACUACCGCUGGAUCUCCCUGCCGCCCCCAAAGACUUUUGCCCGCUAUUGGGACUUCUCCUUGCCCUCGGCCGAGGUGCGCCCAACCACCAUUAGCAAAUACAACACCUUCCUUCAGCUGACCCUGGUCGGUGCGACCACCGUCGCUCCUCUUCUCGACGCCGAUAUGUCGUGGGCGCUCAACGUCUUGCAAUAUGUCGUGGCCGUCACGACCCUGUGGAGCGGCCUGAGCUACAUCUUAAGCAAGGACGCUGUCAAAAUAAUCAAGUAG